GAGCACCACUCAAGCUUUAAUAAACCUAAUUAAAUUGGGCCUAAGUUCUCUCUCCAUGUGGACUUAAUAGACCCACAUAGGCCAUCCUCCAUAUAGGAACCCACACAACACUAUUUUCCUCUUCCUAAGGCCCAUCUUCCUUCUCCAUGAAGAAGAUCAUCAAAAAGACUACAUCUAGGGUCACUAGGAAUACCCUUUAUUGGCCAAAGCAUAAGCCUUCUUCAAGCCAUGCUUCCCAACACUGCAGAAAAUGGCUAGAAGCAAGAAUCAGAAAGUAUGGUCCAAUAUCGAAGCUAAGCCUCUUCGGCAAACCAACAAUGUUCAUUUGUGGGCAGGCUGCAAACAAGUUUUUAUUCACCAGUGAUAGCAGCACAAUUUCUAACCGGCAAACUCAAUCUAUUCGGAUGAUUUUGGGCGACUAGAGUAUAUUCAAGCUGAAUCCUGAAGAUCACAAGCGUGUUAGAAGCGCACUUGUAUCAUUCUUAAAACCUGAAUCAUUAUGUGGGGAAAAUGGAUAAAGAAGUCAGGAGGCACCUUGAGAUCCAUUGGCAACGUAAACAACAAGUCAAGGUGUUGCCCUUAGCGAAGACCCUCACAUUUUACAUAAUUUGUUCCAUUUUAUUCGAGCUUGAGCGAGGAGGUCGAAGAGAGGCAUUUGUGGCUUGCUUCCAAGAGAUGAUAGAAGGAAUGUGGUCGGUCCCAAUCAACUUGCCCUUCACAUGCUACAACUGCAGCCUGAGAGCAAGCGCAAGAGUACAGAACAUGCUCAAGGACGUCAUACGUGAGAAGAGAGUAGAACUUGAGCGUAAGGCUGCUUCUCCUCGCCAAGACCUCAUCACUUGCCUGCUUAGCAUCCGCAAUGAGGACAAUGAAGAAGCACUUGCUGUGGAUGAGAUUGUACACAAUGUUAUUUAUGGUCGUCAUGGUUGCAGGAUUUGAUACCUCAUCUGUGCCGAUAACUUUUAUAAUCGGGCUUCUGGCCAACGAACCAGCUGUUUAUGCAUCUGUUGUUCAAGGUAUACAUAAAACUCUCCCCCCUCUGUCUCUCUCAUACAAUUUUAAAAGCGAGAUCAAUUUGAAUGCGUGGAGACGAACAACACCGUAACUUCAUUCACCAUUAAGCAAAUCAAAUAAGAGAAAUGGUCUAAAAUGGUCCAGUUAUGUAGAAUAUUGCUCAUAUGAGACACGAGUGAAGUCCCUCUAUUUGUGA